UGAUGGGGGCAGCGUUGCGCGCAGGCGCAGAGCUUCUGGCCUCGCGGAUUCUCAAGUGCGCAGCGCGCGCUCUGUCUUGGCCCCUACGAGCUACCGUGGAAAGCGCGGUGCCCAGUAGCGGCGUGCGCCUGGAACCGCGCCCUGCAGUGCGCUGUGCCGCGCAGCAGUCCCAUAGGUGGACGUGCCCAGCCGGCUUCGGAGGGGGCGGGGCACAGCCUGAAGCUUCGCCCCCUCCCACCCCCCGUGUGUCGCAAAUUCCAGUCCGGGCAGGCAACGGUGGGCACGGGACUUCCGCGGCGGGCGUGGUUGGGGCCUUCACCUCCCACCCCUGCCGUGUGCGUCCGGAGCGCAUGCGCAGUGUGGGGCGGCGGCGCGGGCGCCGGCGCUGUGUUUCCGGGUCGCAGGGAUCGUUUCCGGGGCGUGGAAGCCAGUCUGGGAAGCUGCCGCUGCCGGGUAUUAACUAUUCAUCUGUGUACCUGAUGCUGAAAUUUGUUCCUCUUUAAAUUGAGGAGACCAUUGUUAUGAUUCUCCGUGACUAAGUACCAUUCCCCCCAUCGUUCCGUUACAUUACAUUACGUUAUAUGCCAAGCUGAUACAAUGAUGAAUUCUCAAAGUUUCUCGUUACCAACAAUGGUACCCAGUAGUUCUGUUAUUAAUAGCUCCAUGACUAGUAACUUAUCAACAAACAAUCCACCCAGCAAAUCAGUUCUCAUUAGCAAACCAUUUAAAUGCUCUGAAUGUGGCAGGUCUUUUGCCCAGCUGACAGAGCUGGAGCUUCAUGAGAUGUCUCACGCUGCGGAGCGACCGUAUCGCUGCGAGCUCUGUGGAAAGACCUUUGCGCAGACAUCAGCUCUGGUGAAGCACCAGCGCGUUCACACAGGAGAGAAGCCUUACAAGUGUCCCAUGUGUGGGAAGACCUUUGCUCUGUCCUCUGGCCUGGUACUGCACAAACGCAUUCACACUGGCGAGCGACCCCACACUUGCCCGCUCUGCGGCAAGAAAUUCAUCUCCUCCUCCCACUUGGCCCUGCAUCUGCGCUCGCACACGGGUGAGAGGAAGUACAAGUGCAAUGUGUGUGGGAAGCUCUUCCUACAGUCCUCACACCUUGUGAGGCACAAAGCAAUCCACACAGGGGAAAAGCCCUUCAGAUGUGAGGACUGUGGGAAGAACUUUGGGCGUGCCUCACACCUGAAGACUCACCGACGUGUCCACACAGGGGAGAGGCCUUUCAAAUGCACCCAGUGCGAGAAGGCCUUCACACAGAAGGCAGGACUAAUCCUGCACAUCCGCCUUCACACUGGUGAGAGGCCCUACAAAUGUGAGAAGUGUGGGAAAAACUUCCGUUCCUCCGCUCACCUCAUGUCGCAUCAGCUCCUUGAGUCUGGGGAGAGGAAUUUCAAAUGUACCACAUGCAGUAAGGCCUUUAAGCAGGCCUCAUCUCUCAAACAGCACCUAAAAACACAUGAAGCCCGUGAACCUCACCGCUGUUCUGUUUGUAGCCGAACUUUUUCUAGGUCCUCUUAUCUCCAGCUUCAUAUGAGAACGCACAGUGGGGAGAGGCCCUAUCAUUGCAUGGUUUGCAACCGGACUUAUGCCAAAAUGUCUACAUUUGAGAAACAUUGUAAAAAGCAUCAGCAGGAUGAAGAGGGGUGCGACAUCAGGCCCAGAGCAAUGACUACAAGGGCAAAAGCACUAGCUGAAAAGAAGAGGCAGGAACAGAAACAGCUGCACCAAGAUGACCGCCCAGAACAACAUCAUCAGCAUGACAGAGAGCAGCAACAAGAUGGAGAGCAUUUCCUGCUCUGUCAGCUGUCUUCUCCCAGUGACCGGAAGCCCAGGAUGCAGGAUCGACCCAGAAAUUGUAAAUUAAAAAAACAAGUUCCAGGAGUAUUUCAGAGUGGAAAAAUGAAAGUAUGCUCUGUUAUGCCCUGAAUGUUACACUAAUGUAAGUAAGGCUGGGCAAAUCAUGUAGAUUGAAAUAUAACUCUUAGGAGAGAGCAAGUUCAAAAAUGUGAUUAACGGAAAUAAUGCCAAUCCCUGUAUUUUUCAGCCUAAUGCACAGAAAGGAAGCAGAAAAAAUUGUUUUUGUGUCGCCUCCCUCCCAAAAAUGAAAGUAACUUUCCAUACUGAAGUAACUUAUAGUACCUGAUUCUAAUUACUCAUGAAUUUCAAGAUCCAUCCAAUGGUGCAAUGAUUUGGGGUUUUUUUUAGGAGGGUAAUGUUUUCCCUGUUGGAGCUGGGAAAGCUUUUUUGAUGAAGUGCCACCUUCCCCAUGGAACAGAUUCACCUGCUUUCUGUAAUCAUUUGUGUGUUUAGAAGAGAUUGGGUCAGCCCUGACACAUGGCCCUUAUCCUAGCCCCUUAUCUGAGCCGUUUGCUGAGAAAAUAGUAAUGGGGUUAUUUACAGUAGAGUAGUUUCCCACCAAAGUAGGAUUCAGAUGUCCAAAGUGUCACAUGCUUGGUCAGUCUCAUUCAUCAUAAUGCUCCUCUGAUUCACUCAUCAGGCACUAAAAAAAUUGUGGUUUGUGUUUCAUUGUAAAGGAACUUGGCUAAAUAAUAUUAAUAAAAGACCUUGUUUCCCUUAAAACAGUGGUUCCCAAACUGGGGUUCGCAGAACAUUACAGGGGGUUCGCCAGAAAAAUUUCACUAAUGGCGGCCAGAGGACCUUCGGCAUUAGAGGCAGAAGGUGGGACCCAGUUGCAGGGCUGGCAGCCCAAGCCCCAGGGAGAGCGGGGCCAGGCAGUUGGGGCUGGCAGCCCGAGCCCUGACCCAGUCAGCAGGGGAGCCAGCCACCCGAACCCCAGUGUUCCACGCAGGGCUGGCAGCCCAAGCCCCAGGGAGAGCGGGGCCGAGCAGUUGGGGCUGGCACCCCGAGCCCCGGCGGUCAGCGGGACCUGCAGCCCGAGCUCAGUGGAGCUCAGUUGACCGGGGCGGUCAACAGGGUCCAGCAGCAAAAGCCCCAUGGAGUGCAGAGGAAAUUUUAACUUAAAUCCCUGGAAAUAUUCAUUUUUAGGAGGGGGUUCACAAGAUUUCACAAUUUAGUGAAAGGGGUUCGCAGGCUGUUAAAGUUUGGGAACCACUGCCUUAAAACAUUCUAGUAACAUGCCUGAGAUUGGAAUGGUUUACAAACUGAAAGCCCAGUGACAUGCAUCUCUAGCAGUCUCAGUGGCUCUUUACAGUGGGGGACACUGUGCUGCUGGAAUGAACACUUAAAUUGGAGCAAACAGCAAAUACCAGCCUAGGAGAAUGAGGGACCAACAGAUGUAUGGAUUUAAUCCUUUCCAGAUUCAUUUUGUUGCUGUCAACAUACAAAUUCAUAGCUUUCCUUUGGCUCUCUCCUGAGUGCACAUACCAUUAACGGUGAACAAAACAAUGCAUUUUUGUAAGUAUGCUAUCAGGAUACCGAUACAAGACAAAAAGAAAAGGAGGACUUGUGGCCCCUUAGAGACUAACAAAUUUAUUUGAGCAUAAGCUUUCGUGAGCUACAGCUCACUUCAUCGGAUAUUAAUGUGCAUAAAUAAGAAACCCUCUACGGGUGCUGAUAAUUUCAUGUCUAGGCUGCUUUAGUAAAAGGGGAGGGUUCUUAGUCCUAAAAAUACUUGGUCUGCCUUUGAGGAGUCGGGGGAAGAGCUAAGAUGUACAGCAACAAUUCAGAUAGUAAAAUCACAGUGCAGAAAGUAGUGGAAACGUUUGAAAAGACAGAACUAACUGAAGAGAAUUACAAAAUAGUAUCAGUGAACCAAACUGCUUCUAUGUUAAUGUUUCUUUUUCAAUCUCUGCAAUUUGUAUGGAAAGUCCUUUUUAUACCACUCACAAUCCACAUAUUUUUGCUGUAAUUUUGUCCAAUUAUUUCUCCUUUCCAGUUAACGUAUGAUUUUGUUGAUAGAUAAUGCUCCUCUCGGCAAGGUAAGGACUGUAAUGUCUGUGGCUUUAGUCCUCAGAUACCUUCCUUUCUGCAACAAGUUCCGUCUAAUUUGCAUAUCUGGGCUUAAAAUUGGGAAGCCUUAAAUUCUUACUCCUCUUAGAGAGGUAGAGAAACUUAUUUGCAUUCUGUUCUGGUCUCUGAUCUCACUUAGCUUUACAAUAAAAAUACCAGCAUUAAAUAGGUUAGUAAAACUGUCUAAACAAGAUGGUUUACCCUAUUGUUCUGGAGAGAAGGAUGGCAGGAAUCAUGUAUCCAGUAUCAGUAAAUAACAUAUUUUAAGGAUAGGUUGGGUCAUUCAAUAGACUUGAGAUUAAAACAAAUUCACCUUCCUUUACCACCAUAGUUUUUAGCAACUUUGCCUUUGUUCCCUCCUUUGAGAGAAUCAGAGACAUGAGAGGUAGAAAGGAUUCAUUAAUUCAUCUGAUCCAUCUCCCUGUCUCCCUCUAGUAUAUUAACCUGAAAAACACAUUUCAAAAAGUCCCAAAUGAGGAAGCUACCAUUGCUUUCUGGGGAUAAUAUCCAACUGCUCAAUAAUACAUAGUCCUGUCAAGAACUUUUUUAAAAAAUGCUUCUCCUUUUAAUUUCAUCCGGCUGCUGUUAGCUGCAUCUGUUGUGCAACCCUAAAUAAGUUCUCCUUGCCCUUGGUAUGUAUCCCUUUCAAAUGCCUGUAGAUUUAUCAGAUUUAUCCCCCUCUUUUUGUCACCUUGUUUCUCCUUCUACUCUAUCCAAAAAUAUCACCAAGCAAUCACUUCCCUACAGUGCACCGCUUCCUGCUUUCAGCACUUCCUCGGCACUAUUCAAAUGGUAGGACUUGAUUUGUUUGACAGCCGUUGCUUCCUUCCCCACGUGGCUUCCCUGUUUCCUUGUAAGGUCUGAGCUCUGUUUGAAGCUUUUGCCACAAAGCGUGCCUGUGCAGGUUUUGCUUGUGUGAGGCCAGUGCUGAUGAGCUGAUUACAGUGUGCCCUGGUGCUUGUGGUUCCUCUGGUGCCGGAUCAGGUUGGAGUUCUGGCUGAAGGCCUUCCCGCAGGUGGGGCAUUUGUAGGGCUGCUCCCCUGUGUGCACUCUCUGGUGAGUGAUGAGGUGGGAGCUCUGGCUGAAGCCCUUCCCGCAGGCAGGGCAGAUAUAGGGCCUCUCCCCGGUGUGCACUCUCCGGUGUCUGAGUAGGGUCAGGUUCCGGUUGAAGCUCUUCCCGCACUCGGGGCACUGGAAGGGCCGCUCCCCAGUGUGGAUACGCUGGUGUUUCACCAGGAGGGAGCUGUCACUGAAGCACUUUCUGCACUCGGGGCACUGGAAGGGCCGCUCCCCCGUGUGGCGUCUCUGGUGGGCAAGUAGCUUGGCAGGGUUGGCGAAGCCUUUUCCGCAGGCAGUGCACUGGCAGGGCCGCUCCGCGUGAUGGUUCCUCUGGUGAGUGCUGAGGUGGGAGCUGACAGCGAAGCGUUUCCCACACUCAGUGCAGUGGAAGGGCCGCUCCCCAGUGUGGACGCGCUGAUGCGUGAGCAGGUUGGAGCUCUGGCUGAAGCCCUUCCCACAGUUGGAGCACUGGAAGGGCCUCUCACCUGUGUGCGUCCUGCGGUGCUGGGCUAGUGCCGAGCGCACCCGAAAUCUCUUCCCACAGUCUGUACAGGUGUAGCACUGCUCCUGUGCGUGGGCUCUCUGGUGCCUGCCCAAGGCCAAGGAGCUGUAGAAGCCUCUCUGGCAGACCCCACAAGGGUAGGGCUUGGCAUGGGUGCGCUGAUGCUUGAGGAAGUGGGAGUUGAGGCCAAAGCUCUUCCCGCACUCACCACACUCGUAGGGCCGCUCCCCAGUGUGGGUGCGGUGGUGUCUGACAAGGUUGCAGCUCUGGCUGAAGCCUCUCCCACAGGCAGGGCACUUGUAGGGCCUCUCACCCGUGUGGGUUCUCUGGUGGGUGAUCAGGGCUGAGCUCCAGCUGAAGACCUUCUCACAGUCUGCACAUGGAUAGGAUUUCUUUCCCAUCGGGGCUCUUUGGCAGCCAUUGAGGCCUGAGCCCCUGCUGUACCUUUUCUCACAACACUUAGUGUUCAUUGACUGCCUGUGGCGACAGCUCUCUGAUGGACCGUGGUGCCUUUGAUGUUUGUGAGGUCUCAUCCACGGUGAGUGGAUUUUCUCUCUCUUUUGGAGAGUUUACCCACUGUCUUUCUGGGCAGUUACAACUCUCACGGGCUCUUUCUUGAGCAGGAUUCUGGAAAACAUUCUCUUCGGAUCUCCCUGAAAUUGUUCCAUCUGGUUCCCCUCGCUCAAGUCCUUUCUGCUGAAGGUUCUCUGCACUCUCAUUCACGAUCCAAACAUCUGCUGGAAAAAACAAAAACUCAGACACCGCUCAUUCUCUGUGUGAGGGAGAAAGGAAACUGCAGAGGGUUCAUCAUGAUUUUUGUCUGUUUUAAUUCAGAUUGAAAUUCAGGAGCCAAUUUCUUUUAAAUCCCUUCUCCAGAGGAGAGAGCAUUGCAGUGCCAACAUCCCAUAUCCUCAGCUCUACAAAGGCCGAGUGAAGGGAGGGCUUACUGGCUUCUAGAAAGACCUCUGGGAGAUCUAUGAGGGACGUGAGAGAACAGCUGUUUAUAGUAUUGAAUUUGAUGAAACACAAACGUGAGAGCUCACAAUGGCUUGGUUGGGACUUCAGCUCUUUUUUUCACUUAGUAAUGGUUUCUGACUUAAUUUUCCUCCUCACCUGUACAGGUAUCGCUGGUAUCUUACUUUCCCCUGAUUCCAGGGACCCAUGGCUUUUCCCCUUGUUCUGUGCAGGAGAUCCUGCCAGGUUUAGGUGUCAGAAAUCCUGGUCGUGGAAAGCAAAAUGGGAGAUCCAGGUUGGUUACAAAAAGUGUUCUGUGAUUUUAAACCCACUGUCUUUCUUUACUGGUGCUUGUAUUAUCAAAAUGGAUGGGAAAGGGUUUGCUGAGUCUCUUUGGGAAAGGCAGUGUUCUGGUGUGAGAUGUGACCGAGAGAGAUUCAGACUGAGUCUCCACCCAUUGCAGGACUCAGUGAUUCAGCUGAGCUGCAAACAUUAAGCCACUUGCCCAUUACUAAACCUUCAGAGUGUCCAGAACACACUCAGAGGAUGAAGUGGAGAAAUACAGUGAUUACAUGUACAUAAAUGACCCUGGACAAAUAAAUAUAAUAUCUCCUCCCUCAGUGCAAGCUCUGGCUCUGGGGAAAUUAGCACUGCCAUUGUGUUUCUGCAACUUCUUUUCCCUAGGAAGAGGUGGGACUGUGGCAUUCUCUCUCUCGCACAGUUUUGUGCUGAUUGCCCAGAAUUCUAAGGGACUUGGGAAGAUCCCUGUCCAGAAACUGACCUAUGUCCUUCAUAGAGAGUGCAGCCUUCUCAUAAGUGAAGGAGAACAAGCCCUUACCCAGGGAGAUCAGAGUCUUGUAAUUCUCCUGCAUGAUGUCCCUGUAGAAGACCCUCUGAUGAGGGUCCAAAAGCACCUACUGCUCUUUGGUGCAAUAGACUGUCACAUCCGAUGAAGUGAGCUGUAGCCCACGAAAGCUUAUGCUCAAAUAAAUUGGUUAGUCUCUAAGGUGCUACAAGUCCUCCACUUCCUUUAUGGUCACUGGUACCUGAAAAAAGAAGCGUCUCCCGCUCAAUACCUUUUGCCCUUGAAACAAUCCCACUACUGAUCCUGAGAAGCCCCAGGCCAGCACUUCCUCUCCAUUCUCUCAUAUUUCACAGGCUUCAGAGAUCUGCUGCCCUCUCCCUGUUAUAGCUGUAAAUGCUGCCAGUACUGGGAAGCUGCAGCUAACCACUAGAGGAACAGAUCUGUCUUUGUCCUGAGCUCCCUCUGUUUCCCUUUCUCUGCCUCACUUCUUGCAGGAGUUGAAGGGCCCAGGCUUGGGCCUCAGCAGGGCUGAGAGGUUCACGCUCUCACUUCUUGGGAUUACACAGACUAUUAUAUACAUCUGGGGGUGGGAAACAAUUCCCAGAAGUCCCUGUCAGUCACAGCGGUGCUAAAUCCCAGGCUAGAAGCCUCAGGCAUUUCAGGGCAGUAGAUUCUUCAGUUUUGUGGAUUUCCCCACCUGAGGUGUCUGAUCCUAAAAGGUCAGGUUCCAAUAAGCCACGCCCAGAGCUGCUCCGGGUCCAACAGCUCCUCCAGGCAUAUUGUUCAGGUGCAUGAGCAAGGAAAACCCAUUUGGAUUCAGCUUCUCUCUCCAGCACCGUCCUGCCCAGGAGCUGAGGUCAGUAUCAACUCAUUUUUACAGACAGAAAGCUGCAGGACAGUUGCUGGGAGCCUUGCCUCCCAGUCCCAUUCCUCCAUCUCCCUCUAUUUCACCAUCUGUUUUCUCUCUCCGUGCCAGUCUCUUCCAUCUCCAUUUUCCUCCUUUCUCUUAACACCUCACCUGUCCCUGUCCUUGGGGUACUCUCCCUGUACCGCCAUGACCCCUCUCCCAAUUUGUUCAGCUCAUAGGUUGUAUCCCACCCACCAGGCCCCCUCUUUUCUGUAACCCCCCAGCCUUGGCAACCCCCUCCUAGAAUGGGAUGAGCUGCUGCUGAGGCUCAGUGUGAAUGUGCAGGGGUGCUGGCGGCCUUCUCCCCACAGUCUGACUAACCUCCCUAAUGCUUGCCCUGCCAUGCUGUCAGGAGAGGCAGAGUGGGGCCAGGGUAGAAGUGGGGCUCGGCUGCUUGCUUAGUACCCCUAGAAGCGGAAAGCAGGAGUUUCAGGAUGGCCUUGGUCACCACUGUCUGAAUGGCAUUUGAGCAGGGAGGAGUGAUGGGUGGGGCCAGCAUGUGGCUGUCCCACCAAGUGAGUGACUUGGCAAGUCUCUCCUCCCAGCAGGUUUAACAGACAGCUUCAGCCCCACAGUGUAUUUACAUCCCCUCCCCUCUGCAGGACACACCCAGUCCCCAGAAAUCCCCUACCUGAGCGUUUCCCCUGUGGCCAUUUCCCAUCUUCAUCAGAGGAGGGCAAUGGGGAGUGAAACGUGGACGCUAUUCUGCAGCCUAUCAGGGCCAGAUGAGCACCUGGACAUUCACGCCUGCCCCUUUCCGUCCCUCAUAUUCCUGUGUCUUCCCUUCCCCCGGGAGAGCAGGUUAUUGUCUCCGCUGUGGCUGUGCUGCAGCCUGGAAAUUACACCCAGGAGCUGUCCAGUCCCUGACCCUUCUGUUCCUUAUCAUCCACUUCCUGCCUCCCCUCCCCUUCUCCCAGUGCAGAGCUACAGCCACCAUCAGCUACUCCGUCCCCUUCCUGUGUCCCCCAUACCAGCUCGGGCUGCAACACUCACCGUCUUCUGGCCUCAUCUAGCCCCUAGAGAAGCCCCGGGGGCUCUGCAGACAUUCACCCGAGCCACAGACCCCAGGUAAUUGAGAGAGGGAAAGGAAGUGACUGCACAAGCCCCUUCCUUACCAAGUCCCAGAGCUGCUGCUGUUACUGACACAGGCUCUUUCUCCCCAUAGCACUUGCAGGAGCUGAUCCAGCUCAGGGAAAGAGACUGCUCCCAGGAAUGGGACAGUGACCAAGUGUCCCAGCCAGAGAGCCUUAAAGGGGCAGAAGAAGAAGGAAGGAGCAAUGAAAGCUGUCUAGGUAACUAAAUAUCCAUCUAUCUGAGUUUUACACUGCUGCCCAUCACUGUAGGUCAGAGCAUCUGUUGCAUGUAGUGGCUCUCAGCCUUUCCAGACGACUGUGCCCCUUUCAGGAGUCUGCUUUGUCUUGUGUACCCCCAAGUUUCACCUCAUUUUAAAACCGCUUGCUUACAAAAUUAGACAUAACAAUACAAAAGUGUCACAGCACACUGUUACUGACCAAUGGCUUCCUUUCUCAUGUAGUUAUAAAAUAAAUCCAUUGGAAUAUAAAUAUUUUACUUACAUUUCAGUGUAUAGUAUACAGAACAGUAUAAACAAGUCAUUGUAUGACCUUUUCGUUUGUACUGACUGCGUUAGUGCUUUUUCUGUAGCCUGUUGUAAAACUAGGCAAAUAUCUAGCUGAGUUGAGGUACCCCUGGGAAACCUCUGCAUACCCCCAUGGGCACACAUGUUGAGACUGUGCCAAGUUAUUAUGAAUUGCUGUGACUGAUAUAUAUGAAUGUGGCAAGCAUAAGUUCGGUGUGGCUAGAGGAUUCUGGGAGCAGAACUUUCUUAGCAUUUGAUAAAUGGAGUGGAAUACUACUGGAAGUGCUGAAACUGCACUGGAGUGGUUAACAACGGCUCAAUGGGCAUGUGUGUUUUAACCCCGAAUUCGGGAAUAUUUCAGCAGUGAACCCGCUCACAAAGUAAAGAACACGUAAGAUCAUGCGAUCAGUGAGCCUGGUGACAUGGCUGACAUGGGUCAGUGUGAGGUUAUCCAAAAAGGGUCAUUCUAAGAGCUUAAGUGAAUGAUUUAUGAGAGAGUAAACUAUGGCUGAGCUUUGGUCUGUGUGUCUGCUUUGCAAUCCCUUCCAAAAUUAUGAAGUAAACCAGUAAUAAAACACCUAGGCACAAUUCUGGAACAUGUGGCUCCUUUGAGAACAAAAAGAUAUAUAAGUGCUAAGCAAAGUAAAUGAGUCAGAUUAAGUCCCCAAUUAAUAUACGAAGAGGUUUGAGACUGUGAGACAGAAGUCAUCGGGGUAACCAAAACCCCACCUUGAGGGACCUUUUCAAGACCUUAGAACCAGAAGUCGUCAGGGUAACCAAGGCCCUGCUUCAAGGGACAGACCAAGUGCCUGAGAGGGGAAAGAAGAGAAGAAAAGAAGUCUCCAUCUAGAGCUGGUAGUUAUACCUGCUUUGUUGGCCAAUCAGGAUACUGUGUAAGGCCAAUAUAGUUACUGAGGGUUUAUGCUUGGGGAACUGAGGCUUAUGGAAAAGAAUGUAUACCAUGUAACCUUAGCUGCUUGUGUGAUUCUCUCUCAAAUAACUGACUGUGCAUUAAACAUAUUGGUUUCCGAA